AUGAAUUCAUUAUUUGAACAUCUAGAAAGAUUAAAAACCGCGUUAUUCCCUCAUGAUCUAUUAUAUAACAUGAUAGAAAAAACUUCACCAUAUACAGCUAUCUAUAGCUAUAAUAAAGAUUCGCACUUGAAAUUUUCUUCUUUUGAUGGCGAUGCUAAUAAUCUCGAUCAUAAUGAUGGUGAAUUUACAAAUUCAUUGAAAAACUUACAUAUAAUAACAACAGAUUAUUUAAGAGUGCCGAUAGAAGAAGCGUUCAAUUGGAAUGAGCUGGCAAUGUCGAUUCCAGACGUGAAAGGAGAAUGGUAUGUCGUGGCGUUUAGGUCUAUUCGUCGAGCCGAUGCAGAUGAUAUUGCAUUGUACGAAGCUGACUCUAGAGCUCAUGAAGAAGCGAAGCUAAACGGUGGAUUGUUAAAGUAUUGUUACAGUGGACUAAAUGAACGGCGUGAAUGUCUCGCAAUGUGUGUAUGGUUAAAUCGAGAUUACGCUCGCGCCGCAAACGGUAAACCACAUCAUAUUGCAGCAAUGAGUUUAGCAUCUAAAAUGUACGAUACUUAUGCUUUAGAACGAUAUCGAUUGUUGAAAUCAAAUGGUGAACUCUUUUUUAAAUUUGAAAAGAUAAUUUCUUGA